UUUGGGUUAGUUUUUUCAGAGAGGGGUUUUGGCUUAGUUCGUUCGCCUCACUGUCUACUUCACUGAAAUCAUCUCUCCGCCGGAGAGACAAUCAACGGCCAGAUUUCGAUCACGGCAUCAACGACACCGCGCACCACCCCCGUUUUCUUCUCUUUUGUUAAUAUAGAAUCUAGUUGAGUGUUCUUUAUUACAUAUCAAUUAAAAGCUUGGGAGUUUCCAUGGCGCUGUCAGUUUCUCGAAGGCUUUUACGUCGUUUAGGCUCUUUUUCCGCGUUUAGUCGCUGUGAGUCUCCGAGUUUCGCCAAUCAUUCCUCUCCAACACCCCGUGAUUCUUAUGGCGUUCUAUCUGGGGAUAACUCAUUUGCUACAAAGGGUGGUUCAUGUUUACUUGCUUGCCGAAAGCUUUCGACUACUAUUUUGACUCCUGACUCAAGUGACGGUGCUUUUCCCUCUGAUCUCCUGUCCAAGAAGACUGUGCUAACACCGGAUCGUACCAUAGGACUUUGUCAGGAUCUGGUAAUUCCAGUGACAAAUUUUCUUAAUGAAGACAAGGGCUUCAUGGUCUUGGCCGGUGAUGUUUUUGAUGUGCCUAUCAGGAAGGACAUUAUUCAUCGUGUAGUACGAUGGCAGCUAGCAAAAAGACAACAGGGAACACAUUCAACAAAAACUAUUAGUGAGGUCAGUGGAACAGGGAGAAAGCCAUGGAACCAAAAGGGUACUGGUCGAGCUAGGCAUGGAACAUUGCGUGGUCCCCAGUUUAGGGGUGGUGCUAUCAUGCAUGGCCCUAAGCCGCGAAGCCAUGCUAUUAAGCUGAACAAAAAGGUGCGGCGUCUAGGAUUGAAGAUUGCUCUGUCCGCUCGAGCUGCAGAAGGCAAGCUUAUGGUUUUUGAGGAUUUGGAGGUUCCGACACAUAAAACCAAGAAUAUUGUGAAUUAUUACAAGCAAAUGGAAAGUACGAAGAAAGUUUUGCUAGUUGAUGGUGGCCCCAUCAAUGAAAAGCUGAAGUUGGCUACCCAAAAUAUACAUUAUGUCAACGUACUUCCCUCAAUUGGAUUGAAUGUCUACAGCAUUCUGCUGCAUGACACAUUGGUAAUGUCGCGCGAUGCUGUGAACAAGAUAGUUGAGCGGAUGCACACUCCAAUUAAUCGUUGAUUCAGAAAAGAAAUCAUCAUUUAUUUUCGAAGGAACAGAAUAAUUUGUUUAUCUGUCAUUUUGGUUAAAAUAUCCACAUCUCUAGCAGGAUAUAACCAUUUCAUUGUAUCAGUUUUCUUGUGCCUUGAGGCUUCAUCCUUGAAUUUUGUAGUUAAAUUCAGUUGAAUCCCAAACAUGAAAUGCCAUAUCAUAGAAUUUACCUUCAUCCAUGUUCUUCAAUGAAAAGGAUUUAUGGCUUUCAGAA